AUGCGAAAUAUUUUGACUUUAAGAAACAAACAGUCAAACAGUGGCCCAUCUCGAGCCAACGAAGCGGGGUGGGAUAAUGCCGAGACAAGCGCGCCAUCGAUUAUGAUGGAUUCGUCAAAAAAAGGCCAAAGUGGCAUAGAACUCUACCACAUGGAACAUGCUCCAGAGGCUGGCAAUCUCGACGGUAACGAGAAUACUACUAACGACAUUUCUGAGCUCGUCAAUGCUACCAAUGAUGCCAAAGAAGCUGACGAAAACGAAAGAACAAUGCCUCUUAUUAAGGCUUUGAAAACAUACCCCAAAGCUGCGGCAUGGUCGCUACUGGUUUCCACGACGUUGGUAAUGGAAGGUUACGACACAGCUAUUCUCGGAUCCUUUUUUGCUCUGCCGAUCUUCAAAGAAAAGUUCGGUUCCCGAGGGUCAACAGGAGAAUGGGAAAUUUCGGCUUCUUGGCAGGUUGGAUUGAGUUUGUGCUACAUGGCCGGUGAAGUUGUAGGCUUGCAAUUCACUGGACCGCUUUGCAGCUGUAUUGGGAACCGUUACACCAUGAUUUUCGCCCUCUUCUGUCUCGCUAUGUUCACCUUCAUUCUGUAUUUCUGUAAGAGCUUGGGCAUGAUUGCCGUGGGCCAAGCUCUCUGUGGCAUGCCCUGGGGCUGCUUUCAGGGCUUAACCGUGACUUAUGCCUCGGAAAUAUGUCCUCUUGCCCUCAGAUACUAUUUGACCACGUACUCCAACCUCUGCUGGUUGUUCGGCCAAGUUUUUGCCGCUGGUAUUAUGAAAAACUCCCAGAACAAAUAUCCAGAGUCGGAACUUGGUUACAAACUACCCUUUGCGCUGCAAUGGAUAUGGCCACUUCCUCUCAUGAUCGGAAUCUUUCUCGCACCUGAAUCACCGUGGUGGUUGGUGAAGAAGGGAAGGAUGGAUGCAGCCCAAAGAUCACUUGAUAGGACGCUAAGCGGUAAGGGAAUAGAGAAGGAGAUGACGAUAGUCAAGGAGCUGGAAAAAAUAAGGCUCACUAUAGAGAAGGAGAAAAAACUCAAAAGUGGCGAGGGAAGUUACAUGGAUUGCAUCAGAGACAAGGUCAGCCGCAGAAGGACCAGGAUUGCGUGUCUGGCCUGGGUGGGCCAAACAACUUGCGGGGCUGGACUAAUGGGGUACUCGACAUACUUUUACGAGAAAGCUGGCGUCAGUACCGACAUGUCAUUUACAUUCAGCAUUAUCCAGUACUGUUUGGGUAUUGCUGCAACGUUUUUAUCGUGUGGCUUUCGAAAUAUUUGGGGAGAUUUGAACUCUAUGCAAUUGUGUUGUUUUUCCAAGGUACCAUGUACUUUAUCAUUGGGGGAUUGGGUUGUAUGAGCACAGACCAGUCUAGAAUGGCGAGUGGGGCCCUCUUAAUGGUUGUUGCAUUCUUCUAUAACUUGGGCAUUGCCCCUGUGGUGUUCUGUCUCGUGUCAGAAGUGCCAUCCUCCCGUCUCAGGACCAAAACGAUUAUUUUAGCACGUAACUCCUACAAUGUUGUGGGGAUGGUUACUAUGGUUUUGAUUCUGUACCAGUUGAACUCGCAAAAAUGGGAUUGGGGCGCAAAGGCAGGGUUCUUUUGGGGCGCAUUUUGCUUCGCUACGCUAGCCUGGGCCGUCGUGGAUCUCCCAGAAACGUCAGGUAAGACUUUCAGUGAAGUGAACGAGCUAUUCAGACUUGGUGUCCCGGCCCGAAAGUUUAAGUCGACAAAAGUGGAUCCAUUUGCUAUUAAAACCACUGAAGAGCUCUCAGAUGAUGAGAGAGAAGUCGCAUCACAAGCAUCAUCAAAGGCAGAGAGUGAGAGGGAGGUCCAGAUUGACUGCUAG